AUCUACCCCUGGGCAGGGACCGUGGGCAACAGGCGGCAAUCUACCCCUGGGCAGGGACCUCGGGCAACAGGCGGCAACCUACCACUGGGCAGGGACCUCGGGCAACAGGUGGCAAUCUACCCCUGGGCAAGGACCUCGAGCAACAGGCGGCAAUCUACCCCUGGGCAGGGAUCUCGGGCAACAGGCGACAACCUACCACUGGGCAGGGGGCCUCGGGGACUCAACGGGACUUUAGCUGUGGAGUCUGGCCUCAGCACAGCUCCCACCCAGCUUUCUAGGGACAUUGGGUUCACGGGGACUCAACGGGUAGCGAUGGCUCAAGCACUCAGGGGCACCACAGGUAGCUAUACUCCGGGAAUGCUAUGAGGCGGUUCAAGUAAGGGUAGUCUAGGCGUGUAGUAGGGCAGUGCAUAACCCAGGUGG